GUUUUCAAUGAGGGGACUUUGCGCAUGUGUGAGUUUCUGCACAUGUGCUUGUGAGGAGUGGCUCGAGUACCCAGUUCACUUCACUUGUUGCUGUUAUCUGGAGCCAUUUGUCCAAUCAGAGUGGAGUGGCGUGAAACUCUCUGCGUGGAGAAAUCAGAAUGGGAAAGAAGUUUGUGUGAAUUCUACAGCAACUUUAAUGUGACCCUAGGGAGGUGGUAAUGUGAAACAAGUUGGUAGCUGGACCGGUAGAUCUUUCUGUGAAGUGGUUCCGUGUCUUAUUCGUAGCAUGCCACGCAGGCAGCUAACUUCUCCGUGGGAAGGACACUUUAACCGAGAACCCAGUUUCCACCCACUAAGCGUGGUACUUUGACAUCUGUCGUGUUUUUUUUGUUGUUGUUUUUUUCAGGACAGGGCACAAUGAUGACGUUUCGGAGGUACUUGCGGGGUAGUGGUCGGGUUCUGGCCUUUGUGUUCGUGGCUUCUGUCAUUUGGCUCCUGCUGGACAUUGCUGUCCUCCGCCUGUCUUUCAGUGAAUUCAACCUUCAGCUGCUGAAGGAGCGAGUGAUCCGGGAGAAGGAGCUCCUCAAGCAGCAGGCCAAGAUAACCCAGAAUAGGGACUUCAGGUCCCCUGUGCUGAGGAUGGACUCAGCUGUGAUACCGGAGGAGGACAAAGGCGCUGUUAGUUCUGACAUAACCAGGAUCUACAGACAAGGUGGUAGGAGACAUAAGGAGCAGAACUCAAAUUUGCAAGAAAAUCAUAGUAAUAAAACUGUGAGUCUGGUGGCUCCUGCUAAAAAGCCUGUGGAUUUACUUGAGAAUGACGCACCGCUAUUGGAGAACAUCACAGUAAAGAAUAACUCCAUUGCAGAGAGCUCCAUUGUAACGCAGGAUACUGUUGAUGGGCGCAAGGAUGCAGAAAUCAAGCCGAUGAAGACUGCACAGCAUGUUAAAGAUGAGUCCAAGCAGCACCAGGAUACAAAGGAGGAACCCCCUGUUAAAAGAACACACACACCUGGAACAAAGACACUAGUAUUUAAGGAGGAGAACCACACCAAGAUGUUAUCACAAAGUUAUCAGAAUUCAACAGUGUCUAGAAAAGCAGGUGUCCACAAGGUGCUGUCCCUCGAUGUGACUGGUGCCCCCAGAGACCCCACUGCCAUUGGCCAGUUUGGCCAAGCGGCCGUAGUUCCCAGCGACAAUGAGGCAGAGGUGAAAAAGCGAUGGGAUGAGGGCUAUUUUAAUGUCUACCUGAGCGACCAGAUCCCAGUGGACCGAGCCAUUCCUGACACCAGGCCUGACAUCUGUGCCCGCCAUCUGGUCCACGAUGACCUGCCUUCCACCAGUGUGAUCUUCUGCUUUGUGGACGAGGUGUGGUCCACCCUGCUGCGCUCCGUCCACAGCGUCCUCAAUCGAUCACCGCCGCACCUCCUCAAGGAGAUCAUUCUUGUGGACGACUUCAGCACCAAAGAUUACCUCAAGGAUCAGCUUGACAAGUACAUGUCCCAGUUUCCCAAAGUCCGAAUCAUUCGUCUGAAGGAGCGACAAGGCCUGAUCAGGGCCCGGUUGGCUGGAGCAGCUGUUGCUAAAGGUGAAGUGCUUACCUUCCUCGACUCGCAUGUUGAAUGCAACGUGGGCUGGCUGGAGCCUCUGCUGGAACAGGUCUACCUGGAUCGCAGGAAGGUGUCCUGUCCAGUCAUCGAUGUCAUCAGUGACCAGGACAUGAGUUAUAAGAUGGUUGACAACUUUCAGAGAGGCAUUUUCAAAUGGCCUCUGGUGUUCGGCUGGAGCACUCUAUCCAGCAAGUAUAUUAAGAAGAAUAAUAUGACCGAGGCUGAUCCUAUCAGAUGUCCCGUUAUGGCUGGAGGACUUUUCUCCAUCGACAGACAAUACUUCUAUGAACUUGGCGCCUACGAUCCAGGCUUGGACGUGUGGGGUGGAGAGAACAUGGAGAUUUCAUUUAAGAUUUGGAUGUGUGGGGGUGAAAUUAAGAUCAUCCCCUGCUCUCGAGUGGGACACAUCUUCCGGGGACAGAACCCGUACAAAUUCCCAAAGGACAGACAGAAGACGGUGGAGCGCAACUUAGCCAGGGUUGCUGAAGUCUGGCUUGACGAGUACAAGGAGCUUUUCUACGGCCAUGGCUACCACCACCUGUUGGACAAAAGCGUCAUUGACGUGGGCAACCUCACCGAGCAGAUCGAGCUGAGGAACAGACUCAAGUGCAAGAGCUUCAAAUGGUACCUGGAUAAUGUGUAUCCAGAGAUGGUUACUCCGUUACUCAAAGCUAAAGGCCUUGUCUACAAUCGGGGGUUAAGAAAAUGUCUCAGUCUGAAGAAAGAUUCUCUCUCCUUUGAAAUGUGUGACUUACUAAACCAAAGUCAGCAAUUUAAUUACACCUGGCUGAAGCACAUCCGCCAGCAGGACCUGUGUGUUGCACCUCAGGUCAAAUACCACAGCUUAGUUAUAGAGUCAUGUGACCGUGCCAAUCCUGGACAACGCUGGCUUCACAAAUCGUCCAACUCUGAACUGCCCGACCACUUUGUCCUCGAGUUUUCUCCCAACCACGUGUGCCUGGAAGCGGUCCAUCGCAGUGAAAAACUUCGCCUCGCCCCGUGCGUAGCCAAAAGUGCCUACCAGAAAUGGAAGUUUACAGACUACUUCUCUCAGUGAAGAGACUUGACAUGCUGUCAAACCUGCACGAGAAGAUGCCUUCAGCAUUAUUGUGCUGCACGUCUUCCCUCGGAGCCUGUGUGUGUGUACGUGUGCGUGCGUGCGUGUUGAUGUGCAAUGUUUUCAUGACGUUUUGAUAUCAUCCUCUGUCCUUUAUGACUCCAUUGCCUGUGUAUAUACUUUUGAAGUGCCUGCGUUCCAAUUGAGGUUGCACAUUUGAUACACUCUACACUAAGUAGCAUCCAGCUACUGACCACCAACUACGUGCCUCAUGUUUCCUGUGAAUGUCUCACACUAAAUAAUGAUUUAGAAGUUGGUAUAAAACAUGUUAAGCGGGCUGUUAUUUUUUUAAAGGUGUUUACUUGAGGUAAAACCACUGUGGUUUUAAACGCUGCAUUAAUUGGGUGGUGGAAAUUGUAUUGUGGUGUUGUGUCACUAGAGGGAGGCCUUUAAUCGUGAUUGUGUGACCUUAACAAGUCCACAGAACAUUUUGCAAAAACAUGCAAAUAAAAUGACCAAAGGCUGAGUUGAAACGCUAUCUGUUUAUUUCACAUCCAUUGUUUAACAUUAAGACCUAAAGCCCUGAGCUGCUUGACUGUGGAUUUGUACAUCAAGAGCAAAGCAUUUUAAAGUAUUUAGCAGGGAUAUACAAAAUAUUAACCAUUGUAAACACUUCUCAAAAUAAAGCAGUGUAUGUCUCUCCUUUUUUGUAAAUUAAAUUGUGCAUAUUACCAUAAUGCCCCUAAUGCAGUGGAGCCUUGGUUAGAAUCAUUAAUCCGCAGCAGAAGGUCCGACUCCAGCUAAAAUG